AUGCCGAUAUGGCAGUUACUAUUUGAUGGAGCAGCCAAUCAUAAGGGUUGUGGAGCUGGCAUACUACUAAUCACACCUGAUGGAACCCAUAUGCCCUGGGCAAUUAAGCAAAACUUUGAGUGCACCAAUGACAUGGCUGAAUACGAAGCUUGCACCAUAGGACUUAAGGCCACCCUAUCAAUAGGACUCAAGGGACUAGAAGUCUAUAGGGACUCUUCUUUGGUUAUAUACCAAAUGCAAGGAAAAUGGAAAACAAAGGAUGAUAAGUUGAUUCCCUAUCAAGAAUACAUGGAGAUACUAUCUAGAGAAUUUGAGGAAAUCACUUUCUCCUACCUACAAAGAGAUAACAAUCGGUUUGUCGAUGCACUAGCAACUUUGGCAUCCAUGGUUGAGAUGGACUCCAAAACAAAAGCACAUCCAUUCUCGAUCAAUCUAAGACAUCAAUCGGCUUACAUUAAUCACAUUCAUGCUUUGACGGUUGAUGGAAGACCAUGGUAUGCAAACAUAGUGAAUUUCAUCAGGAAGGACGAUACCCUAAAGAUGCUACAACCAAGGAGAAGUGUUUCUUGA